AUGGGGAUGGCAGUAGUGGCAGUGGAGAAGAUUGAGGCCGAGCUCACUGGUAACCAGGUGGCAGCAGAAACAAAAACGCCACCGUGGUCGGUGAUGGUGGCGGUGGAGAGAAUACGUUGUUGGACAAAGAUGGUGGGCGGUGGGAGAAGGACGAGGAGGGGGAGGGGGAGCACCCGUAGGAUGGAGGAGGAGGCGCAGCAGGACGACGUCGUACAACAGGAGGUGGAGCAGCAGGUCGCUAUCCAUGUGGCGCAGCUAAACGUCGAUGUAGCGCAGCGGGAUGACGAUGAUGACGCUCAAUGGGACGUCUCAGGUUCUGGUGCCUCAGGUUCGAGGAACGUCUGCUUACAAGGUCCUACGAUUCUCCCUCAGCGACCCAUACUUAGUGACAUGCGCCCGCUGAAUCGAACCGAUGGGGAGAAGUUGUGGAGAAUGCAGGGGGGUCACGACUGCCGCUCCAACGACAUCCUCGGCCAUCUGUGUAGGGAACACUUCCCUAGACAUGUUGAGUACGCUGGAGUGACAAGCCCAGCCCACACCUUCGACCACUACACCGUCACCUCCGAUGGAGUAGACCAGGAUGGCAGGGAAUUCAACAACAAGGUGGAUCAGAUGAAGCAAGAGAUAUAG